CAUUUUAUUGAUCAAAAUGCAUGUUGGGUGAAAUUUGUGCUACUCAUUUCUGAAUUGUGAAUUUUUAGUGAUAUCUGGUAGUUUGUUUUCCUGUAUGUUUUGUCAAUUUUCCUAGGAAUUUCCUGAGAGGCAUAUUUCGCUUUUUUGAUUGAAAAAGGUUUAGUUUCUAGAAUAAUUUCUAAGAUUUCAUACUUUACUACUGGGCUCUUUUUCGAAAAAUAUUAUUGAUUUUUGAACACAGUCUGUUUGACAGUAUAGCCGAGAGAACACUAUGAUCUGUAAAAAUUUUCGUAUUAUUCUUUUUCCGGAAUAAAAACAGGAGCUAUCAUUUUAAUUUUCGGGGAUACUUUAUUGUUUUAUUUUAAUAUUAUAUUAUUAAAUUUAAUGAUUAUAUGUCAAGCAGUGACUUAUUUUAUUGAUGAUAAACAACUGCUGGUUGGCUGCCUGUGUAAUAGCACAAUAUAUGUUUUAAUUGCUAAUUUAAAAUAGGACUAAAUAUUUUUGGUAAAGAUAAAUAACUUUAUUAAACAAAUUAUCACACCGUUAUCUAGCGAAUAUAUAAUUCAUAAUAAAUGAUAUUAAAGAAAUUUCAGAAUUGCUCCCACAAAUAUUCAGUCAAAGUUUUAUUGUUUUUAAAGUAGAUUAAGACCAAUUUAUGUGUAAGUUGAUUCAUAACGAUAGAUAACAUACUAAUUAUAUCAGUUAGAGUAAAUAUAUUAAUAGGAUAGAUAUGGGAAAGAUUGCAGACGUUGUUUCUGGUCCUACAACUGACGUUUCAGCCAGAGAAGCUCUUCUUCUUUGGAGUAGAAGAAUAGUUCACGGUUAUCCAGGUGUGAAUGUUAAAGACUUCUCUUCAUCUUGGAGAGAUGGAAAAGCAUUUCUAUCAAUUAUUCACAGACAUAGACCUGACCUCAUAGAUUUCCGUAGUAUCAGGAAAAAUAGCGCAAGAGAAAACCUUAAAAUGGCUUUUGAUCUAGCUGAGAAAGAAUUUGGUGUUACCAAAAUUCUCGAUCCAGAAGAUGUUGAUAUGGAUCAUCCCGACGAGAGAACUCUCAUGACUUAUGUAUCAUCUCUGUACGAUGUCUUCCCAGACGUACCAAGCGUCGAACAAUCAAUUCGAGAUAAUGAACGUCAACUUAAAUGGGACGAAUAUUUUAAAUUGGCUUCUACUCACGUAUCCUGGCUAAAGAAAGGGAUAGACUUUAUUAAUGGCCUUAACUAUAUGUCUCGGAGCAUCGAUGCACGAUCUGAAAAAAAUGAAUUAGAUCGAUUUGUAAGAGAAGAUAUCCCGCCAAAACUACAAGAGCGCAACCGGCUCUCAAAGCUAUUUCAAGAGUUUCAGGAGUUAUCAAGUGAUGCUACUCCUCAAUUUCCAGUGGAAGAAAAUGUUCACCCUGAAAAUAUAAAUAGAUUAUGGAAUCACUUAAUGUCUUCUCAGAGAGAAAAAGAACAAAUUUUAGACUCGUCUUGCAACCGACUCAACCGCUUGCAAAAUCUUGCCGACAAAGUAUCAAGAGAAUGUCAAGUUAGUGAACAGCUAUUGGAAAGUGUAGAGAGGAAAAUAUUUCAAGGAGAAAGUCGAUACCAAAAAUCAGAUGCCACUGUAGAUAUAAAAAAUAUUGAGGAAGAAAUCGAACAAAAUCUUUCAAACAUCGAUGCAAGAUUAAGUCAGUGUAAAUUAGAUAUGGACACCUUGAGAAGUGAAAGGUUUCAAGACACCGAACACUUACAAUCUAGAGUUCAUAGGAUAGAUCUGAGAUGGAAUUCUCUUCGAACUAGAUCAAAUAGAUUUUUGUCUCAAAGAAGAAGCCAAAAUCAAAUGGCUUCUGCAGCUCAAACAGGAUCAGUUAGUCAACCAACAGGAGAUGAUGCCAUCCAAUUCAUAUCUCAUUGUUUAAAACUCGUGAAAGAGAAACAGAUGGCGAUUGAUACGUCGUCAUACGGUUCUAAUGUAGAAGAAAUUCGAAGGGAUUUGAAUGAGCAUCGUCAGCUACAAGACUCAAUUAGAGAUUUACGAAUGAAAGUUGAACAAUGCUUUGCUAGAAAACAUUCCGUACUUGCUCAAGAAAUGGCCGAAUAUCAAAUGCUACUGUCUCAGCUUGAUUCAUCUUAUAGGCGACUAUGUACCUCGUCUUCCAAUCGACUGAACAACUUGGAAUCUCUUUUAGCUUUUGUAGAAAAAGCCGCUAAUGAAUUAACGUGGCUAAAUCAAAAAGAGGAGGAAGAGCUCACUCGUGAUUGGAGCUCAGUUUUGUCAAAUAUUAGCGUUCCAAAGCGCUAUAUUGAUAGUUUGACAAGAGAACUACAAGAUAGGGAACGUAGACUCAAAAAAAUAUACGCGAAAGGAGAGUCACUAAGUCAGCAAAAACACCCAGCUUUAGAACAAAUUGGGGUAUACAUGGAACUUUUGCAUAAUCAAUGGUCUUGGCUGUUGCAAAUAAUUAAUUGUUCUAAACACCACCUGCAAACAGCGAUUGAUCAACGCGAGUUUUUGCAAAGUGGUCGGGCUCAUGAGGACUGGAUUGAAAAACAUAUGUCACGUGUUCAAGCUUCAACCAGCCUAAAAAGCGACGAUGGAAACAAACGCUUUAGGGAAUUAGAUAGACUUAGAGAAACCAUUUUUUCGUACGAAAGUAUAUUGAAUGACUGGAUUGAUGCUUCCAAAAAUAUAAUACCAUUGUCAACAAGAAAGGAAAACAUUAUAGAUCCCGUUGCUGUAAAACCUUUGCUAAACUAUGAAAAGCAACAUGUUAGAGUAGAUAUUAACCAAAAGUAUAAUUUAGUUGAUAACGCUUCAUCAACUCAAUGGCGACUGCGAUCAAAAUCAGGAAAGGAGUUCAAAGCUCCGUCUGUAAUUUUUCAAAUUCUUCCACCGGAUAUUUUUUCUGUUGAAUACUCGAGUUCUGUGCGCAGCAAAUUUAAUCUUCUUUGUCAAGAAUUUAGAGAAAAAAAUAAAAAUUUGAAAAUAAAUACACUUUUAAAGUCCUUCGAAAUUAUUCGAAAUUCAGACUGGGAUCAGCCUUCAACUAGAGAAAAAUGGAAAAAUAUUAUGAAAGGCCUCAAUAAUGAUAUAGAAAAAAUAGUGGCUGAAUAUGGCGCUGAUGAUGUGGACGUCAAGAAACUCAUAGAAGAAAAAAGAAAAUGUAGAGAGUUAUAUGAGCGAUCCGUAUCUCGACAAGGAACAGCUGUUUCCAGCUUUCAAAAUCAGACAUUGAUGCAAAAACUGAAUAGUUUACUUAAUCAAUUAGAAGAAAAGGAGAGUUUAUUUAAUCGAUUAAUAGCUCAACCCCUACCAAAUGACAGUAAAAUUCUUGAUUCUCAUGUAGCUUAUCACAAGAACUCUGAAGGAGAGCUAAGAAAUUUGGAAUCAAGUAUUAAAUCUUUAGAAUCGAGCAUUGACCAACUUCCUAAAAGAGAUAGAACACAAGAAGUAAAAAAUCAGAAAAACCUUCUUAUAGAUAAAUGGACUAAUGCUUGGAAAUUAAGUAAUUCAUACGCUAUGUUAUUGAAAGUCGCGGAAAAUAUCUUAAUAGGUAUGGAGCGAAGUGAUCUCAUACUCUCGGAAGGAGAAGCUGAAAUCACAGCGUAUGAUACACUACCUGCUGAUUCUUCUGUGUUAAGAGAAGUUAUAAUUAAUUUUGCUAAAAUUAAGACAAAGUCUAAAUCGGCCGGGCAAUUGAUAAAGCAAAAUACGAGAGAAAUAUUAAACCUUAGAGAACAAAUAUCUGGUGUAGAAGCAAGAAAUCGUGGAGAUAUAAAAAUCUUUGAGAGUGAUAAUGACAUUUUAUCCAAAAGACUUAUCCGAUUGCAGCAAGAAGAAUUUGAUCGAAAAUAUAACGUUGAACAGGCUUUAAUAUUUCUCGGAGAAUAUCGAAAAAACUAUAAAGAAAUGUCAGCUUGGCUACUAAAAACUGAAAAGGAAGUAGCUACAAUGCCCUUCCAAUAUAAUAUGUCUUUGGCAGAGGCUGAAAGAGCAGCUGGCAAAGUAUCACGAUUCCUGUCUGAAAGCGAGGGACUGAGUACUACAUUCUCAUUGAUGAAUCAAAGUGGGGAAAAAUUUUUACAGGAAGUUAAUGACUAUGAUUCCAAUAUUGAAAGAUAUAUGGAUUCACUUGGAAGUGACCAACAACGUUUUGGUGCAACUUCUAGCAAGCGACCUCGUGUUGAUAAUAUUAGGACAGAAUUAGAAUUAACAAAUAAUGGAUAUGAUAAAAUACGAACAAGAUUAGCCCAACUAUUGAUGAACUACAGGACCAUUUUUGAAAAACAUAACAAAUUCUUUCCUCACGAAAUCAAAGAAAACCUGUUGUCUCUGGAUUCUCGUUUAAGUCAUGAAACACACAGGGGUCAACCUCUGAAGGAACUGAAGUCUGCUCUUAAAUAUUCAUCACCAAGUAAGACUUUUGAAAAACAUCAGGCAGCUAUUGAAACAAUGAGUCCAGCUGGCGAUAUUCUAUCAACGUCUUCCACAAGUCAAAUCGUCACGAAAACUCUUUCCAAAAUAAUCUAUCCCCCUGACCAGAUCCUAUUUACAGAGUCUGUAAAAGAUCCUUUAACCGGUGAUAAAAUUUCUUUGUGUGAAUCUAUUUCACGUGGUUUAUAUGACAAAAACUUGGCCAAAUUCGUCGAUUUAAAAAGUGGUAAACGAUUAUCUUUUGAGAAUGCUAUCAACCAAGGCAUAAUAACCAAAAAUACUGCUCAAAAUUUAAAGUCUCAAUCGGGUGUUUAUGAUCCGAAAACAGGGUUUGAGCUCUCAGUCAAGGAGGUAUUGCAAUCAGAUUUGAUUGAUUAUAGAACUGGAAAUAUAAAGGAUCGGUUUCAAAAUGUUUACAUAUCGUUAGAAGAAGCACAGGAAAGAAAUUUUGUUGGUGGAGCGGCUGUUAAAAAAUUUGCCAAAACUCCUCUCAGAAUUAAAGUGACUCAAAGAUUUGAUGCAAAAUUGUCUGCUGAAAAUGCUAAUCACUGUAAAUUAUCUCUCAAGGAAGCAGUAGAAAAUGGUUUUUUUAUAGAAAAAACUGGAAAAUUCAUUGAUCCAAUAUCUGAUGAACAGCUUGAUUUAGGUAUGGCGAUAUCUCGAGGAUUCAUAGAUGAAAAUAGUGUUGAAGUUCUCAAUACUGAAAAUAAUACUCUUAUAAACGUAAGAGAAGCUAUCGAAAAAAAGAUUUUAGACCCAUCGACUGGUAAAUUAACAGACUUUAAAUCCCGGAAAACAUUAACUCUGGUAUCAGCAUUGGAACGUGGUUUAUUGCGACUCAAGACGACGCUUCAAGAAAUUUUAAUUCCAAGCAAUAAAUUAAGUGAUCAAAGUUUAUCGAUAACAAAGGCAAUAGAAAUGAAUAUGAUUGAUACUAACAAAAAAUGCUUGAGGGACAUGCGAAAUAAAGAAUUGUUAUCACUCAACGAAGCUAGAGAAAAUGGUUUAAUAUCACCAUCUGGUUAUUUUAUUAAUCCUUUUUCAAAAGAGAGAAUUACUGUUGAAGAUGCUAUCAAUCUUCAAUUAAUACAAGUUAUUGAACAAUCUACACUAUUUGCAAUUAAAGGUUUUAAAGAUACAGAAAGAAGCUCUUUUGUAUCUUUACCUAUUGCUAUAAGAAGCAAAAUAUUUGAUCCCAAACAAUCGUUAUUUAUUGAUAAAAGAUCAAGAAAACAAUUGAGUCUUCAAGAUGCAUAUAAAAGGAAAUAUAUUUCUGAAAAGAUGAUGAAAAUUUUAAAUUCAGACUCAGGACUCUGUUUACCGGAUGGAAAGAACAUGACUCUACUAGAUGCACUACACCGCGGCUUUUUUGAACCGUCCAGAGGCCAUGUUAUUGUAGCUCAAACAGGGCGUGAAUACUCUUUACAGGAAGCUGUGUCAGCCGACUUAAUAAACGUCAAUAAUUUAGAAAAUUUACUUAAAGUUAUCUCUCCUAUCGUGUCUCACGACACAAGUGUAUCUGAAGUUAGAGUACUGUCACAAUCCAAGUCCUAUGACAUGGAAUAUGAACAAAGUCAGGUCGACGUUGAAAUGGAAGAAAGUCGCCCAGAUGCUUAUGGAAAAAUUAUUUCAAAAGAGCAGCUAACAACAGAAACUAUCAAAAAAGACAAUUUAUCUACUCGUACUCACACAGCUGAAAAAAGAGAAAUUAAAAUGGUGUCAUCCUCAAAGAACGAAGGUGACGACUUCGAAUCCCUCGAUAUGGCUGAUGCUAUUUCGCAAGGAUUACUCAAUACGACAACGGGAAAAUUUGUUGACCCCAUUACGAGAAAGCCUUGCACUUUGGAAUACGCUUUAAAAAAUAAAUUACUCGAAGUGAAUUCUGCAAUGUUUGUUGAACCUCACUCUAGACAACAAUAUAAUUUGAUUGAGGCAAUUGAUAAAAACAUGAUUGACGAAACGGGAAAAUACUUUGAUUCAUAUUCUCAAAAUAGUUUAACUUUGCAGCGUUCCCUAGAAAAAGAAAUUAUAAUAUUAAAACCAUCAAAAGCGGAUAUUUCUGAAAGUAAGAGGAUGGUUGUGAAGAGUGUCACUGAUCCAAUCACUGGAUUAGAAAUAGAUACUGAAAAUGCAAUCAGGAAAGGGAUUUUGAAUUUACAAGAUGGUAUUUACAAAAAUCCACUGACCGGAGAAGUUAUGUUAAUCGCGAAAGCUUUUGAAAGAGGUUUAUUGAAAAGUGCAAAUGCUGAUGAAGAUGGAGAUUAUUACACAUCAACUGCCAUAAAAGAAACGAAACAGUUUAGUAUAUCUGCAGCUAUUGAUCCUGCCACUGGUGAAGUAGUUGAUAUUAAUACGGCUAUUAAAAACGGAAUUAUUGAUAAAGUUUCAAAAGAAUAUGUAGAGUUUGAUUCUUUAGGGAGAGAGCAUAGAAUACCUUUAGCUUUGGCUAUUGAUAAAAAACUUGUUCUCUGUGAGGGAUCUACAGCGAAUAAAAAUAUACAGAAGUCAGCCGAAAAAGAGACAAAAACCUUAACUUUGAAGUCUGUUUUUGAUCCACAGUCUGGCGAAUUUGUAUCAGUAGCUAAUGCGGUUAAAUCGGGAUUAAUUGACCAAACUCAUGCGGUAUACGUUGAUCCAACAACUCAUGAGAGAAUUCCAGUUGAUGAAGCCGUUACAGAAGGGUUAAUUCAAGCAGAUGUAAAGGUAGAUAGGAAGAAAGCUGAUACAUUGGAGGCAUCGACAACUGGUAUAACUACAGCCAAGAAAACAAUGUAUACAAUGAACUCUGUUACAGAUUCUAGAACUGGUGAAGUGAUUUCGGCCCAAGAAGCUGUUAAUAGAGGCCUUAUUGAUACCACAACUGGAGAAUAUAAAGACCUUAAAAAUCGAAAGGUACUCUCUUUAGACGAAGCAGAAAAGCUUGGUCUUGUUGAAAUGUGUGAAACACCUGUAAAACCAUCUUCAAAUAGAGAAGAUAUUGAGAGUAUUCAUAUUGAUGACGAAAUUGAGGCCCUAGAAGAGAUGGCUCAAGAAAGAAUAUCUGAAGAAAAGAAGACUUUUAGAAUCAAGAGCGUCACAAACCCUCAAACUGGAGAAAACAUUUCAUUAGAAGACGCUAUUGAAUUAGGAAUAGUCAACGAAGCGAAAGGAACAUUCGUAGAUUCUAAAAAUAUGACAGAAAUAUCUCUGGAAAGGGCAAUAUCAGAUAAUCUCAUCCAAACAGGCAGUGUCGUUCGUACGGAUGAGCAAGAAAUUUUUAGGAGUGCCGUUGUGGCUUCAAAAAUUCCCGGAACUGGCGAAACUAUUGCAAAUGUCUAUGACCCAAUUUCAAAAUCGAAUAUUAGCCCAAAACAAGCCAAUAAACUUGGAUUCUUAUCUGGAGAUAACCGGUAUUACUAUAAUCCAGAAACCGAUAUUAGGAUACCAAUUGAUGAGGCAAUAAGUUUGGGUUUUGUUAAUACUGUCGAUAACGAAAAAAAAUCAUUGCCUGUCGAACAAGAAGACUCCGUUGUUAUGACCAUAAAAUCGUCCAAAGUUGUACGACCAGAUGUAUUUGAACUAGAGACGACCCAAGAAAUUCCUAUGAGUAAUCGCCAUGCUUUGUCAUAUGAAGAUGCUUCGAAAUUGGGCAUAUAUGACCCUAAAAGAGGUCAGUAUAGAGAUAUUACUACUGGAAAUAUUAUAACUCUUCAAGAGGCUGUACACGGAGGAUUCAUAAGUCCUAACGAAACAGCUAUUACUGAUCUUAGAAGUCAAGAGAAAAAAUCUUUACUGCUUGCUAUAGAAAGUGGGAUUAUUAGCUCUAAAACAGGAAGAGUAAAUGAGAACAAAGUUAAAAAAUUGGGUUGGCUUAUACACCCAGCUUUCCUGGAAGAUGAACUUUUACCGUUGAAUUUUAUUGAUGCUGUUCUUGUUAGACUGUUAUCUUUGGAUUCGGGUACGUUUGUUCAUCCUAGAACGAGUGAAAUGCUUUCUUUGGGUAGAGCAGUUUCCAAAAAUGUUAUCGAAGGCAAAAGUGCCAUUGUGAUUAAUCCAUUAAAUAAUAAAAAAGUCUACUUAGAUGAAGCAAUAAGAACAGGUCUUUUAAAUUCGAAAUCGGGAAAUUUGCAUGAUCCGGAAUCAGGAAAAAUGAUUUUGUCAUUCUCAGAAACGUUUUCUUCAGGGUUAAUCCAGGAUGCCUAUGAUAAAAAGGAGACUUUAAUUUUCGGAGAAACUGGGACUAGUUGUUCGGUUUCGGAAGCUUUCGAUCAAGAUAAAAUUUCGAAAAGUUUUCCUCUAGUCAUUCAUCCUGUAACCAAUUUUCGACAUUCAAUAAUUGACGGUAAAACGCAAGGAAUAAUAGAUCGAAAAAGUUAUAUUGAUAUUAAGAAAAAGAGAAAAUAUUAUUUAAAUGACGCAGCAAAAAGAGAGUUGAUUCUUGUUCCAGGAGCUGCUGUUUUAGACCAUUCAUCUUUGGAGAAAAAUUGGAAACAUGCAGUAAAAUAUGAUAAGGCUGCUGUCUCGUUAAAAGAUAGAAAAGCAUUACAGAAAGAAGAGUGGAGUACAGAUGAUAAACAAACUGAAGAUAACAAAAUAUCCUGGCAUAUGUGGGAACCUUCACAGGAAAAACCGUUUGAAAAUCUAGAGACAGUACAGUCAAUUCCUGAUAUUCAAACUACUACUAAACCAGAAAAGACUUCUGUAUUAAAGAAAGUUAUUGAAAAAACAACUAUUUCUGAAAAACAGCAUCUGAUGGUCGAUCAAAAACCUAUGAGUGUCGAUAAAGGCAUAUCCUUACCGAUAUCAUUAAAUGAAAUAGUAGCAAGGGGACUGAUCAAAGCUCCUUCGUACAUUAUACAUCCUGAAAGCGAAGAAUUACUUAAUAUACAAGAUGCAAUUCUCCAAAGGGUUAUUUGUCCUGAAAAAUCUAUUAUAGUUGAUCCUUCCACAGGGGUUACUGUAACAAUUAAUGAAGCCAUUAGGAAAGGUAUUUUGAAUCCUCAGCAAGGUUUGGUACUAAACAGAGCGGAUGGAAAAUGGCUUGCUUUAACUGAUAUGAUUUUCGAGGCCCUCAUUCCAGAUCUUGAACAGCGAAAUACUAUUCCAUUUACCGAGGCCGUAAAACAUGGUUUAAUAGAUACAAAUAGCGGAAUGUACAAAAAUCCAACUACUUCUAUAAAGAUACCUCUAAAACAUGCAGUUGCUUUGGGAUAUAUACUUCCCAAAGAAUCAACUGUGGAAGUCGCAGAAAAAUCUCCAAUUUGCGUUAAUCCCUCCAUUCAGGAAGACACAUACAGGCUAAUGACGCCAAAUAUUGAACAUCCACCUAGGUUAUUAGACGAGAAGACUCUGAAGAUAACAAACAUAACGAUUGAAAAAAUGGGUGAGGCUGAGAUACCUACCACAGCUCUUCCUCUUGCAGAUGCAAUAAGCAGUGGGCGGUUUGACGCUUCUACGGGACUGUUUACAGACGAAACUCUCAACUAUAGUGUCUCUUUGAGAGAAGCUGUUGUCAAAGGAUUUAUUGAUGCAAGAUCAGCUGAAAUUUUCGACAAUAUCUCUCAAACAACUGUAAAUUUGCUUGAAGCAAUGGAAAGAAAUUUAUUAACGGACACAGGUCAUUAUAGAACGAAACAAAAGCGGUUAAUACCACUGAAACAAGCUCUGGAUGAUAAUUUCAUCAUUGCCUUAAGGGUUGUUAUCCAUCCAGAUAUAAUCACAUCAAAAAUUAAAGAAACAAUUGUUGUCAAUGUGGAUUAUAUUGAACAUCCUGUUACACAUGAACACAUAUCCCUUUCUUCUGCUCUAGAACAAGAAAUUAUUAACGUAAACGCAGAUUGCUUCAUAAACACAUCAACGGGAGAAUCUCAAACUUUGUUUAAAGCUUUCGAACACCAUUAUAUUGAAGGUCAAGUAAUAGAUCGAAAUGCCAGUAAAGAACUUGUUACAAAAAGCGGCCAUGUAAAAUUUACCUUGAAUGCUGACGGGAGAUCUGUCAAUGUUAUUUCUGUCGUCGAUCCUGUCUCAAAGUCGGAGAUAUCCGUUGAAGAGGCCGUGCAAAAAGGAAUAAUUAAUAAGGUUACUGGAGAUUAUUGCUAUCCUAAUGGGAAAAGAAAAACUAUUGAAGAAGCGGCUAGUUUAAAUCUCGUUAAAACGUCAUCCGCUUUGUUCAUUCGGGAAACAAAGAGACAAGUAGAAAUAAAAGAUUCCAAUGCAUCAGAUUUUGUUCAGCUUAAAGCCUUUAAGCAUCCAAAGACUGGAGAAGAAUUAACUAUAAGAGAAGCAAUGGAGAUUGGAGUUUUUGAUCGCUCCUCAUCUUUGUAUAUAAAUCCAAUUACGGGAGAAAAGUUAGCACUACAUCACGCAAUUGAUAGAGGUCUCGUCAUUGUUGGUCCUCCAGAAGAGCGCAAAGGUGAGCAAUUAUCGGGUGUUCUUGGUUUGGAGAAGCUUGAAAAAGUUGAAACAUUAGACUCUCAUACAAAAUUCUCCUAUAAUAUUGGAAGUGUUAUUGAUCCUACAACAGGAAGAUCAAUAGACCCCGAAGAAGCUAUCUCAAGAGGACUACUUGAUUUGCAGAAUAAUUCUUUUCAAGACCCUUCGACAGGGGAAAGGCUGACUUUCUCCGACGCUGUCGAUAGAGGGUUAUUGAUUCUAGACACAGGUAAUGACGAAGAAGUUGUAAAAGUAAUACCAUUGCCCAAAGAAAAGUCUUUUACAAUUAAAGCCGUGAAAGAUGCAGAUACAGGGUGUAAUUUAACAGUAGCUGAAGCAUUAGAACGUGGUAUAUUAGAUGGAAAUUUAAAAUAUUUCUUUAAUACCAAGACAGGACAAAAAAUGACUAUAGAGGAAGCAAUUAACAAAAAGCUUAUAAAUGCUGAUGAGGGAAUGAUGACACCUGGGGUGCGAUCAGAAAUUUCUCAUAGAAUAAAAUCAGUUAUAGAUUCCAAAACAGGAGAAGAAAUACCUAUAUUUGAUGCCAUCAGACAUAAAAUAUUUGACAGAAAUCGAUUAGUAUAUAUAGACCCAAAUACUAAUGAAGAAAUUCCUCUUGCUGAAGCUGAAAAUUUAGGUCUUAUCAGAACGGAAGAAGUAACUAAGAGAGCAGACAAAACUGGAAUAUUUAUUUGUCAUAAGCCAACAGCUAAAGUUUAUCGAAUUAAAAGAGUUCGAGAUCCUAAUUACGAUGACAAAUGGUAUGAUGCCGAAGAAGCAGAAAGACGAGGUAUUACUAAUAGAAUUGCUGGUAGAUAUAUGAAUACUUAUACUGGAGAGCAAAUGUCUAUUUUGGAGGCAAUAGAAAGAGGUUAUAUAAAAGCUGAAGAGGAAACAGACGAUGGAGAUUACGACGAUUUACCGAGAGAUGAGGCAACCUAUGUAACGGUUGAAGCACAUAUUCAAGAAGAACCAAUUGAGAUAAGUGUCGUCUACGAUGUAGCAGAUAAUGAAAUGUUGUCUAUUCAAGAAGCUUUAAAUCGCAAAAUACUGGAUCUAGAUAAACAAACUUUUUGUAACACAAAAACUGGUGAGAUACAAAGCAUAAAACAAGCCUAUGAUGAAGGAUUUAUAAGGAGACCUGUUAGAUUACAACCCUUCAAAGAUCAAAACAGAAUAGAGGCUAUUGAAAAAAUAAUUGAUCCCAAUACUAAUGAAAUAAUAUCCCUAGAAGAAGGUAAUCAAAGAGGACUUAUAGACCCUGCAACUGGUACCUUUCAUCAUCCCCAACUUGGGGAUAUAGAUCUAUCCAAAGCAGCUGAGUUAAAUCUAUUAAUAACAGAAUCUGGGAAUAAAUUUGGCAAUGAGUUCAACGAGCCUCAGCUAACGAUAGAAACUAAGCAAACUGUAACUGUACAAAGUACAGAUGAAAGUGUAAAGAGACAUGAACUUCCGAAAGUGAGCAGCUCAAAGACAGAUCAUAUUUUGGAAUCAUCGUCAACACCAAUGUUGCUAAGUGCUGCUAUUAAAAGUGGACUUGUAGAUACAGAAAAGAAAAUAUGGUUAGAUCCUGCAACUGGAAAGGCUAUACCAUUAGAUAUUGCCAUCUCUGCAGGCUUAAUUAUUCCUGAUCAGCCUCAUUUCGUUUUAACUUCAACUUCUACAACAGAAACUGUAAAGUCUGUAGAAGACUAUAGUGAAACAAUUCAGAAUAUUCGAAAUGAAAGCGAAACUAAAAAAUCGCCAGAGAGCCCAACUAAGGGAGCUGCUAUCGCUUCAUCUAUCUUUCCUGCGAAGGUAGAAGAUCGUAGUAGUCACAUUAAUGAUCCCGAUUGUGGCGAUUUACAUCUAAAAGAGUCGGAUUCUAGUUCUAUUUACGAAGCUCCCUUAUCGGGUGGAUCUGAUAGCAGAUCUGAUUAUAAGUCAGCUAUCAGCGACGCUAUAGGACCAGAAAAGGAUCACAAACGAUCUACAUCUAGCGAGGAUAAAAAGUCAGAUUUAUCAUUUGAUCCUGAAGUAAACGAUAACUAUAUAACGAGAACUGAAACUAUACCUUCAACUUCGACUACUGGUGAAGCUGUGACUGCUAUUGGCAGCAGUCUUGCAGCAGAUACAGAUGAUAGCUCUUUCUAUCGAGAUGCAUUAGAAGGGGAGGAAACAAUUGGAGAUAUUCAAUCUAUAGGCUCGAAUAAUGAACAGGUAAGUGUUGUAGAUGUUGUUGUAAAAAGUGAACUAGGAGUGAGUGAGAGAGUGAGCGUUUUACCUGUAUCUGAAGCUCUUCAAUUGUAUGAAAACUGUAACCUAAAUAAGGGUCAGCUGUUGUAUAAAGAUCCUCAGUCAGGGGAAGUUUGUUCUCUAAAAGAGGCAUCAAAAAACAGCUAUUAUGAUCCAGUUUCAGAAUUAGUUUUAGAUAAAGCCAGCGGUAGGUAUCUUAGGUUAUCGGAAGCGUUGGAACAAGGAAUUCUUCUCGCCAUAAAUGUAUCUGAUAAAGAAAAGGAAAUUUCUGAGACUUCUCCGCCAACAAUCGACCAGCUUUUACAACAGGGACUUUAUGAUCCGAAAGAGGGAGUAGUACGCGAUAAGAAAACAGGAGAAGUUUAUUCUCUGUUAGAUGCUAUUGAAAAAGGAAUAGUCGAUCGUUCUUCAAUAUGCGUUCUUGAUCCUAUAUCUCAUAAUCGUUUGACUUUAGAAGAAGCCGUCGAUAAGGAUAUCUUGGAUGCGGAGUCUGGAGAUUAUGGCUCUGAUGGUAAAUUUAUAAAGUUGAAUGAAGCAGUGAACUUGGCUUUGAAACAAAAUCAGAAGAAAAGUUCAUCAGAAAUGUUAGAUGUAAUUAAAGAUUCUAAGAAGCAGACGCAUGCUUUACUAGAGCUAUACAAACGAGGAUUAAUUCAUAUUGAUGAUGCAAUUAUUGGUGAAUGUGAUGAUCAAGUUUUGGAUUUGGAAACUGCAAUGGAAAAAAAUUUCUUUGAUCCCGAAAAACAAACUGUAUAUGACAAGCAACAUUGUGAACAUAUACCACUUAUGUUAGCGAGAGAGAGAGGUAUUUUAUUUCGGCGAGGACCAAUAUCUUUAACUGAUGCUUUACGCUCUGGAACAUUCGACGACGAAAACAAUGUCUUUAUAGAACCUGGAACAAACCGAUCACUUACUUUAGAAGACUGCAUUAAUAGUAAUGUUAUUGCAUCCGAUAUACCUGAAAUUUGGGAUCCAUCUUCGGGAAAAAUGCUCACUCUGGCUGAAGCUAUAGCAGCCGGUAUUGUAGAUUCUAAAAAAGGUCAAAUAAAAGAAGGAAAUGCAUAUCGACGUCUUUCGGAGGCUCUCAAAACUGGAUUGAUAGUGCAAAAUCAAGAUAAAUUGGUUGAAAAGAUAAGACCCCAUAAAAGAUUAUUAUUAUCUUUUGUUGAUGCUAUUAAAUCAGGCAUUUACGAUCCGGAGUCUGGUUUAAUCGAAGACCCCAAUACGGGUACAAAAAUACCAAUAGAUGAAGCUAUCGAUUCUGGUUAUAUAAGUAUCAACCAUGUUUUCAUCAGAGAUCCAAUUAUUAAAAAAUUCUUGAAAUUAGACGCCUGGAUUGGUAGUGGUCUUCUUAAUUUACGUGAAGGAUAUUUCUACUUGCAUUCUGAAAAGAUUACAAUUCGGGAAGCUAUCGAAUGUGGAAUCCUAAUUGACUUAAAAUCGCUAAAGAAGCUUUCAUUGGAAGAUAUGCUCUCAAAUUUCUAUAUCAUGUCAAGUCAUCUUUUUACCAAUCCGAUAACAUUUGAAGCAGCCAAUAUAUGUGAAAUAAUAGAUGAUGGUGUGCUUGAUGAGAACUCUUUUCUCAUAAUCGAUCAUAAAGACGUUCUUUCCUACUCUAAAGCGAUGAAUAAUCAUAUUUUUAACGCCAGCACAGGAAUGUUACAACACAGUAAUUGUUGUUACAGUCCUCUAGAAGCUGUCUUGAGUGGGCUAAUUAUUACCUUACCCAUGCCACUUAUGACUUCUGUGGAGUAUGGAAUGUACAAUGAAAACAUCAAGAAAUUGUUAGAUCCAAGAACUGGGGCAUUUUGUACAAUAGAAGAAUCUGUAGUUAACGGGUUAAUAUGUCCAUCGAGCAAAAUUAGAGAUCCUGUUUCCCAAAGAUUACUGCCAUUAAACAAAUGUUUAGCAUUAGGUAUAUUGCUUUCAGAUGAAGGCUUAGUUGUUAAUACUAAAACGGGAGAGACGUCAACAAUAAAAGAUACAAAGACUUCAAUGAAAAUUUUGCCCACGAAUUCAUCUACGACUUUAUUUGAAGCUAUUUUAAACAACUAUUAUGACUUAGAUACUUGUUUAUUUACUGAUUCAACAAAUCAGCCCAUGAAUCUUCAAAAAGCCUUGGAAAAAAAUUUGAUUGAUCCUGAAUCGAAAGUUCUUGACCCGAGAACUCAAGCUGAUGUAAUUUCUUUACAAGACGCACAAAAACAAGGACUUUUCAUGAACAAUGGCGAAUUUCUCCUUGACCAGGAGAGAAAUAUAAAAAUUCCUUUAUCAGAGAGUAUUGUUAUAGAGCCACUAACAUUGGCUCAACUUAACAUUAAGAAUCGCAUAUUGGAAAAAAAUAUACAUAUUUUUAAUAAUGAAAUGGAUUUUGCAACAGCGAUUAGACUUACAGUAAUAGAUCCUAGAUCAAUCGUCUGCACCGAAAGUGGAAAGAUAAAAAUAUCAGAACUAGUACAAAAAUACCAAAAUAUCUCCCAAGAUCCAAAGAUAGUAAAUUCUGUAAUAACUGAUAACAUGAAAGAAAUACCUUACACUAAGAUCCAAAACCCUCAUGCGCGUAUAAAUUUCGAAAAAAUAUGGAUUUGUUUGCCUAAAACCAAUCGACUUGUUCCAAUAACAACAAAAUUAUCAGAAAUAAAGCCAAUGCUGACUCUUAAAGAAGCAUUUAAGAAAUCGCUUUUUGAUCCUUCAACCGGCAUUUUUAUCGAUGAGCUCAAUGGACAAAAAUUAACAAUGAGAGAAGCUCUCAAACUUGGCUUAAUAGACGGAGAACGUUCUUUAGUGAAAGAUAAUCACACAGGAGCACUAAUUCCACUAUCCAAAGCAAUAGAAAAGGGUAUCAUUGAUAUCAACGAAAAUAAUUAUCUUGAUAAAACAACAGGAAAAGUAGUGCCUUUAACAGAAGCAUUUAAACAACGACUCUUAGGAGAAAAAGACCUCGAAAAAAAUUUGAGUACAGAAGGUACAUUAGAAACAAGAAUAUUAGAUUCUCAAACUGCAAAUGUCAUUGAUCCAAAUACUGGUGAAGUAUUAACAUUAGAAGAAGCCAUUAAGCGUGGUUUAAUCGAUCCUUCAAAAUCAACUAUGGUUCACCCAAUGACGGGAGAAGUCAUCCCCUUGGAUAAAGCAUUAAGCGAAAAAUUGAUAACAACACCUCAAGAGUUACUAGAAGCAAUAAAUUCGAAGAAACUUUUAGAGAAGGACACUAAACCCUUGAUGUCAUUAGAUUCGUUAAUUGAAAACAAUCUGUAUGAUAAAGAAUCAGGAAAAAUCGUCGAUCCACAAACCGGAGAAAAGCUUUCACUAAAAGAAGCAAUUGAAAAAGGAAUUUUAGAUACGAACGCUUCACUGAUAGUUGAUAACAAGACUGGCGAAAAUUGUUCACUUACGGAGGCGAUUGAGAGAGGUUUGAUUGAUGGUGGGAGUGGCAAAAUGAAAGAUCCGCAUACUAAUGAAAUGAUUGGUUUAAAUGAAGCUAUAAAUAGUGGUUUAAUAUCAAGACCAUUAACUCUUAAAGAUGCAUAUGAAAAGGGCCUUUUUGACACUUCAACUGGAAUGUAUCGAGAUGAGGGAACAGGAAAGUUGAUGACUUUGAAUGAUGCUAUUAAGGCAGGUCUUAUUGAUACUGAAAAAUCAUUGGUUAGAGAUCCAUCUACUGGCGCUCUUUUACCUUUAAACAGUGCAAUUGAGAGAGGUAUAAUUGAUGGUGAGAUGAACAUGUUUUGUGAUCCAAUUACUGGUAAGAAAAUCCCAUUGAGAGAGGCAAUUGAAACCGGUAUGAUUGUUAAUGCGGAAAAUAGACCGUUAACACUGGAUGAAAUUAACAAAAGAGGUCUUUUAAAUGAUAAGACAGGUGAAAUCAUAGACCCAAAUACUGGAAAACAACUUUCACUUAGAGAAGCUUUAGCAAUUGGUUUAAUUGACCCGACAACUGGUACAAUUACAAAUCCUACAACUGGCAAAGUUUUAUCAUUGGAUGAAGCUGUAAAUAUGGGACUUAUUAUUAAUGGAGAAUUUGUAGAUCCUUUGACAAACACUAAAACUCCUCUAUUUGAUUCAAUAAAAUGCAAAGAUCAGUUUGAAGAUCUUAAAAAGUCAGAUCAAGGUUGUUUGCUGAAUGAUGCCUUGGAGCAAGGAAUUUUUGAUAAAAAUACUGGUCUUGUAAAAGAUCCGAACACGAAUGAACUUUUAUCAUUAUCUGACGCUAUUAAAUGUGGAAUAAUUGAUGGAACACAAACAAUAACUGAUAACACUUCCGGUAAAGAAAUGACUUUAGAAGAUGCAAUUAAUGCUGGUAUUAUCGAUGGAGAAACUGGAAAAUUUAAGGGCUUGAAUGAUGAUAAUAUAGAUAUUUUGGAAGCAAUCAAUAGCGGACUUAUUAGACCAUCAGAAAAAGUACGUAAUCUAAGUCUUCAAGAUGCCAUUAAAAGAGGAUUAUUCAAUCCACAAACUGCAAAUGUCAUUGAUCCAAAUACUGGUGAAGUAUUAACAUUAGAAGAAGCCAUUAAACGUGAUUCGUUAAUUGAAAACAAUCUGUAUGAUAAAGAAUCAGGAAAAAUCAUCGAUCCACAAACCGGAGAAAAGCUUUCACUAAAAGAAGCAAUUGAAAAAGGAAUUUUAGAUCCGAACGCUUCACUGAUAGUUGAUAACAAGACUGGCGAUAAUUGUUCACUUACGGAGGCGAUUGAGAGAGGUUUAAUUGAUGGUGAUAGUGGAAAAAUGAAAGAUCCGCAUACUAAUGAAAUGAUAAGUCUAAAUGAAGCUAUAAAUAGUGGUUUAAUAUCAAGACCAUUAACUCUUAAAGAUGCAUAUGAGAAGGGACUUUUUGAUCCUUCAACUGGAAUGUAUCGAGAUGAGGGAACAGGAAAGUUGAUGACUUUGAAUGAUGCUAUUAAGGCAGGUCUUAUUGAUACUGAAAAAUCACUGGUCAGAGAUCCGUCUACAGGCGCACUUAUACCUUUAAAAACUGCAAUUGAGAGAGGUAUAAUUGAUGGUGAGAUGAACAUGUUUUGUGACCCAAUAACUGGUAAGAAAGUGCCGUUAAAAGAAGCAAUUAAGACUGGUAUAACUGUUAAUACGGCAAAUAGACCGUUAACACUCGAUGAAAUUCUACAAAAUGGUCUGAUAAAUGAAAAAACAGGUGAAAUAACAGACCCAAAUACUGGAGAAAAAUAUUCACUCAAAGAAGCUAUUGAAAGUGGUUUAAUUGAUCCAACAACUACUAAAAUCACUGAUCACAGUACUGGUGAACUAUUACCUUUGGAUAAAGCUUUUAAGUUAGGAAUUGUUGAAAAUGCAGAACUUAUUAAUCAUUUGACCAAUAGAAAGACGCCUUUAACUGAAACAAUGGAAUGGAUAGAUCAUCCGGUCGACGUUAAGAAGAAAGACAGCGGUUGUUCUCUAAAUGAAGCACUACAGAAAGGUAUUUUUGAUAAAAAUACUGGUCUUGUAAAAGAUCCAAACACGAAUGAACUUUUAUCAUUAUCUGACGCUAUUAAACGUGGAAUAAUUGACGGAAAACAAACUAUUAAUGAUAACACUUCCGGUAAAAUGAUGACUUUAGAAGAUGCUAUAAAAGCUGGUAUUAUUGAUGGUGAAACUGGAAAAUUUAAGGGCUUGAAUGAUGAUAAUAUGGAUAUUUUUGAAGCCAUCAAUACUGGACUUGUUACUCCUUUGGAAAGAAUAGAUAAGCUAAGUCUUCAAGAUGCCAUUAAAAGAGGAUUAUUCAAUCCACAAACUGCAAAUGUCAUUGAUCCAAAUACUGGUGAAGUACUAACAUUAGAAGAAGCCAUUAAACGUGGUUUAAUCGACCCAUCAAAAUCCACUAUGGUUCACCCAAUGACGGGAGAAGUCAUCCCAUUGGAUAAAGCAUUAAGCGAAAAAUUGAUAACAACACCUCAAGAGUUACUAGAAGCAAUAAAUUCGAAGAAACUUUUAGAGAAGGACACUAAACCCUUGAUGUCAUUAGAUUCGUUAAUUGAAAACAAUCUGUAUGAUAAAGAAUCAGGAAAAAUCAUCGAUCCACAAACCGGAGAAAAGCUUUCACUAAAAGAAGCAAUUGAAAAAGGAAUUUUAGAUCCGAAUGCUUCACUGAUAGUUGAUAACAAGACUGGCGAAAAUUGUUCACUUACGGAGGCGAUUGAGAGAGGUUUAAUUGAUGGUGAUAGUGGAAAAAUGAAAGAUCCGCAUACUAAUGAAAUGAUAAGUCUAAAUGAAGCUAUAAAUAGUGGUUUAAUAUCAAGACCAUUAACUCUUAAAGAUGCAUAUGAGAAGGGACUUUUUGAUCCUUCAACUGGAAUGUAUCGAGAUGAGGGAACAGGAAAGUUGAUGACUUUGAAUGAUGCUAUUAAGGCAGGUCUUAUAGAUUCUGAAAAAUCUUUGGUCAGAGAUCCAUCUACUGGCGCACUUAUACCUUUACACCGUGCAAUAGAAAGAGGUAUAAUAGAUGGUGAUAAGAAUUUGUUUUAUGAUCCUGUUAAUGGAAGAGAGAUACCUUUACUUGAAGCAAUUGAUAGUGGAAUUUCAGUUAAUGCUGAAAAUAUACCUCUAAACCUUGAUGAAAUUAUAGGGCAAGGUCUCUUAAACGAAGAGACCGGUGAAAUCAUAGAUCCAUUUACCGGUGAAAAACAUUCACUUAAGGAAGCUUUUGAAAUUGGUUUAAUUGAUCCAACAACCGCUACAGUUGCUGAUCCAGCCACUGGUGAAAUGUUACCUUUGGAUAAAGCUGUAAAGUUAGGAAUUAUCGAAAAUGUAGAAGUUGUGAAUCCUUUGACCAACAAGAAGAUGCUUUUAUCUGAAGUAAUGAAAUUAAAGGACCAAACUGUGGGCAGUAAGGACAAAGACAAUUCUUGUUCACUAAAUGAAGCCAUAAAGAAAGGUAUUUUUGAUAAAAAUACCAGUCUUGUAAAAGAUCCCAACACGAAUGAACUUUUAUCAUUAUCUGACGCUAUUAAAUGUGGAAUAAUUGAUGGAACACAAACAAUAACUGAUAACACUUCAGGUAAAAUGAUGACUUUAGAAGAUGCAAUUAAUGCUGGUUUAAUUGACGGGGAAACUGGAAAAAUAAAGAGUAUUACUGAUGACGAUAUAGAUAUUCUUGAAGCAAUCAACAGCGGACUUAUUACACCAUCAGAAAAAGUAUGUAAUCUAAGUCUUCAAGAUGCCAUUAAAAGAGGAUUAUUCAAUCCACAAACUGCAAAUGUCAUUGAUCCAAAUACUGGUGAAGUACUAACAUUAGAAGAAGCCAUUAAGCGUGGUUUAAUCGAUCCUUCAAAAUCCACUAUGGUUCACCCAAUGAAGGGAGAAGUCAUCCCAUUGGAUAAAGCAUUAAGCGAAAAAUUGAUAACAACACCUCAAGAGUUAAUUGAAGCAAUAAAUUCGAAGAAACUUUUAGAGAAGGACACUAAACCCUUGAUGUCAUUAGAUUCGUUAAUUGAAAACAAUCUGUAUGAUAAAGAAUCAGGAAAAAUCAUCGAUCCACAAACCGGAGAAAAGCUUUCACUAAAAGAAGCAAUUGAAAAAGGAAUUUUAGAUCCGAAUGCUUCACUGAUAGUUGAUAACAAGACUGGCGAAAAUUGUUCACUUACGGAGGCGAUUGAGAGAGGUUUAAUUGAUGGUGAUAGUGGAAAAAUGAAAGAUCCGCAUACUAAUGAAAUGAUAAGUCUAAAUGAAGCUAUAAAUAGUGGUUUAAUAUCAAGACCAUUAACUCUUAAAGAUGCAUAUGAGAAGGGACUUUUUGAUCCUUCAACUGGAAUGUAUCGAGAUGAGGGAACAGGAAAGUUGAUGACUUUGAAUGAUGCUAUUAAGGCAGGUCUUAUUGAUACUGAAAAAUCAUUGGUUAGAGAUCCAUCUACUGGCGCACUUAUACCUUUAAAAACUGCAAUUGAGAGAGGUAUAAUUGAUGGUGAGAUGAACAUGUUUUGUGACCCAAUAGCUGGUGAAAAAGUUCCCUUAAAAGAAGCAAUUAAAAGCGGACUGGUGGUCAAAGCAGAAACAAAGCCGUUAACAUUUGAAGAAAUCAAAGAUAGAGGUCUCCUAAAUGAAGCUACGGGAGAGAUUACAGACCCAAAUACUGGGAAAAAAUGUUCACUUAAUGAAGCUUUAGAAACUGGUUUAAUUAAUGCAACAUCCAUAAAAAUUAAUGAUCCUGUUAGUGGUGAAAUGUUAUCAAUCGAUGAAGCGGUAAGAACAGGUCUCAUCGAUAAUGGAGAAAUUAUCGACCCUAUAACCAAGAGGGCAAGGCCUAUAGCACAAAUAAUGGAAAACGGCGAAGGUUUUUCAAAACUCAUAGAAAAGAAAAAGGAGAGUCGUUCACUAAAUGAAGCAUUGGAUCAGGGAAUUUUUGAUAAAAAUACUGGUCUUGUAAAAGAUCCAAACACGAAUGAACUUUUAUCAUUAUCUGACGCUAUUAAAUGUGGAAUAAUUGAUGGAACACAAACAAUAAGUGAUAACACUUCCGGUAAAGAAAUGACUUUAGAAGAUGCAAUUAAUGCUGGUAUUAUUGAUGGAGAAACUGGAAAAUUUAAGGGCAUGAAUGAUGAUAAUAUAGAUAUUUUGGAAGCGAUCACUAGCGGACUUCUUACGCCCUCAGAAAAAGUACGUAAUCUAAGUCUUCAAGAUGCCAUUAAAAGAGGAUUAUUCAAUCCACAAACUGCAAAUGUCAUUGAUCCAAAUACUGGUGAAGUACUAACAUUAGAAGAAGCCAUUAAACGUGGUUUAAUCGACCCAUCAAAAUCCACUAUGGUUCACCCAAUGACGGGAGAAGUCAUCCCAUUGGAUAAAGCAUUAAGCGAAAAAUUGAUAUCAACACCUCAAGAGUUACUAGAAGCAAUAAAUUCGAAGAAACUUUUAGAGAAGGACACUAAACCCUUGAUGUCAUUAGAUUCGUUAAUUGAAAACAAUCUGUAUGAUAAAGAAUCAGGAAAAAUCAUCGAUCCACAAACCGGAGAAAAGCUUUCACUAAAAGAAGCAAUUGAAAAAGGAAUUUUAGAUCCGAACGCUUCACUGAUAGUUGAUAACAAGACUGGCGAUAAUUGUUCACUUACGGAGGCGAUUGAGAGAGGUUUGAUUGAUGGUGGGAGUGGCAAAAUGAAAGAUCCGCAUACUAAUGAAAUGAUUGGUUUAAAUGAAGCUAUAAAUAGUGGUUUAAUAUCAAGACCAUUAACUCUUAAAGAUGCAUAUGAAAAGGGCCUUUUUGACACUUCAACUGGAAUGUAUCGAGAUGAGGGAACAGGAAAGUUGAUGACUUUGAAUGAUGCUAUUAAGGCAGGUCUUAUUGAUACUGAAAAAUCAUUGGUUAGAGAUCCAUCUACUGGCGCUCUUUUACCUUUAAACAGUGCAAUUGAGAGAGGUAUAAUUGAUGGUGAGAUGAACAUGUUUUGUGAUCCAAUUACUGGUAAGAAAAUCCCAUUGAGAGAGGCAAUUGAAACCGGUAUGAUUGUUAAUGCGGAAAAUAGACCGUUAACACUGGAUGAAAUUAACAAAAGAGGUCUUUUAAAUGAUAAGACAGGUGAAAUCAUAGACCCAAAUACUGGAAAACAACUUUCACUUAGAGAAGCUUUAGCAAUUGGUUUAAUUGACCCGACAACUGGUACAAUUACAAAUCCUACAACUGGCAAAGUUUUAUCAUUGGAUGAAGCUGUAAAUAUGGGACUUAUUAUUAAUGGAGAAUUUGUAGAUCCUUUGACAAACACUAAAACUCCUCUAUUUGAUUCAAUAAAAUGCAAAGAUCAGUUUGAAGAUCUUAAAAAGUCAGAUCAAGGUUGUUUGCUGAAUGAUGCCUUGGAGCAAGGAAUUUUUGAUAAAAAUACUGGUCUUGUAAAAGAUCCGAACACGAAUGAACUUUUAUCAUUAUCUGACGCUAUUAAAUGUGGAAUAAUUGAUGGAACACAAACAAUAACUGAUAACACUUCCGGUAAAGAAAUGACUUUAGAAGAUGCAAUUAAUGCUGGUAUUAUCGAUGGAGAAACUGGAAAAUUUAAGGGCUUGAAUGAUGAUAAUAUAGAUAUUUUGGAAGCAAUCAAUAGCGGACUUAUUAGACCAUCAGAAAAAGUACGUAAUCUAAGUCUUCAAGAUGCCAUUAAAAGAGGAUUAUUCAAUCCACAAACUGCAAAUGUCAUUGAUCCAAAUACUGGUGAAGUAUUAACAUUAGAAGAAGCCAUUAAACGUGGUUUAAUCGACCCAUCAAAAUCCACUAUGGUUCACCCAAUGACGGGAGAAGUCAUCCCCUUGGAUAAAGCAUUAAGCGAAAAAUUGAUAUCAACACCUCAAGAGUUAAUUGAAGCAAUAAAUUCGAAGAAACUUUUAGAGAAGGACACUAAACCCUUGAUGUCAUUAGAUUCGUUAAUUGAAAACAAUCUGUAUGAUAAAGAAUCAGGAAAAAUCAUCGAUCCACAAACCGGAGAAAAGCUUUCACUAAAAGAAGCAAUUGAAAAAGGAAUUUUAGAUCCGAACGCUUCACUGAUAGUUGAUAACAAGACUGGCGAUAAUUGUUCACUUACGGAGGCGAUUGAGAGAGGUUUAAUUGAUGGUGAUAGUGGAAAAAUGAAAGAUCCGCAUACUAAUGAAAUGAUAAGUCUAAAUGAAGCUAUAAAUAGUGGUUUAAUAUCAAGACCAUUAACUCUUAAAGAUGCAUAUGAGAAGGGACUUUUUGAUCCUUCAACUGGAAUGUAUCGAGAUGAGGGAACAGGAAAGUUGAUGACUUUGAAUGAUGCUAUUAAGGCAGGUCUUAUUGAUACUGAAAAAUCACUGGUCAGAGAUCCGUCUACAGGCGCACUUAUACCUUUAAAAACUGCAAUUGAGAGAGGUAUAAUUGAUGGUGAGAUGAACAUGUUUUGUGACCCAAUAACUGGUAAGAAAGUGCCGUUAAAAGAAGCAAUUAAGACUGGUAUAACUGUUAAUACGGCAAAUAGACCGUUAACACUCGAUGAAAUUCUACAAAAUGGUCUGAUAAAUGAAAAAACAGGUGAAAUAACAGACCCAAAUACUGGAGAAAAAUAUUCACUCAAAGAAGCUAUUGAAAGUGGUUUAAUUGAUCCAACAACUACUAAAAUCACUGAUCACAGUACUGGUGAACUAUUACCUUUGGAUAAAGCUUUUAAGUUAGGAAUUGUUGAAAAUGCAGAACUUAUUAAUCAUUUGACCAAUAGAAAGACGCCUUUAACUGAAACAAUGGAAUGGAUAGAUCAUCCGGUCGACGUUAAGAAGAAAGACAGCGGUUGUUCUCUAAAUGAAGCACUACAGAAAGGUAUUUUUGAUAAAAAUACUGGUCUUGUAAAAGAUCCAAACACGAAUGAACUUUUAUCAUUAUCUGACGCUAUUAAACGUGGAAUAAUUGACGGAAAACAAACUAUUAAUGAUAACACUUCCGGUAAAAUGAUGACUUUAGAAGAUGCUAUAAAAGCUGGUAUUAUUGAUGGUGAAACUGGAAAAUUUAAGGGCUUGAAUGAUGAUAAUAUGGAUAUUUUUGAAGCCAUCAAUACUGGACUUGUUACUCCUUUGGAAAGAAUAGAUAAGCUAAGUCUUCAAGAUGCCAUUAAAAGAGGAUUAUUCAAUCCACAAACUGCAAAUGUCAUUGAUCCAAAUACUGGUGAAGUACUAACAUUAGAAGAAGCCAUUAAACGUGGUUUAAUCGACCCAUCAAAAUCCACUAUGGUUCACCCAAUGACGGGAGAAGUCAUCCCAUUGGAUAAAGCAUUAAGCGAAAAAUUGAUAACAACACCUCAAGAGUUACUAGAAGCAAUAAAUUCGAAGAAACUUUUAGAGAAGGACACUAAACCCUUGAUGUCAUUAGAUUCGUUAAUUGAAAACAAUCUGUAUGAUAAAGAAUCAGGAAAAAUCAUCGAUCCACAAACCGGAGAAAAGCUUUCACUAAAAGAAGCAAUUGAAAAAGGAAUUUUAGAUCCGAAUGCUUCACUGAUAGUUGAUAACAAGACUGGCGAAAAUUGUUCACUUACGGAGGCGAUUGAGAGAGGUUUAAUUGAUGGUGAUAGUGGAAAAAUGAAAGAUCCGCAUACUAAUGAAAUGAUAAGUCUAAAUGAAGCUAUAAAUAGUGGUUUAAUAUCAAGACCAUUAACUCUUAAAGAUGCAUAUGAGAAGGGACUUUUUGAUCCUUCAACUGGAAUGUAUCGAGAUGAGGGAACAGGAAAGUUGAUGACUUUGAAUGAUGCUAUUAAGGCAGGUCUUAUAGAUUCUGAAAAAUCUUUGGUCAGAGAUCCAUCUACUGGCGCACUUAUACCUUUACACCGUGCAAUAGAAAGAGGUAUAAUAGAUGGUGAUAAGAAUUUGUUUUAUGAUCCUGUUAAUGGAAGAGAGAUACCUUUACUUGAAGCAAUUGAUAGUGGAAUUUCAGUUAAUGCUGAAAAUAUACCUCUAAACCUUGAUGAAAUUAUAGGGCAAGGUCUCUUAAACGAAGAGACCGGUGAAAUCAUAGAUCCAUUUACCGGUGAAAAACAUUCACUUAAGGAAGCUUUUGAAAUUGGUUUAAUUGAUCCAACAACCGCUACAGUUGCUGAUCCAGCCACUGGUGAAAUGUUACCUUUGGAUAAAGCUGUAAAGUUAGGAAUUAUCGAAAAUGUAGAAGUUGUGAAUCCUUUGACCAACAAGAAGAUGCUUUUAUCUGAAGUAAUGAAAUUAAAGGACCAAACUGUGGGCAGUAAGGACAAAGACAAUUCUUGUUCACUAAAUGAAGCCAUAAAGAAAGGUAUUUUUGAUAAAAAUACCAGUCUUGUAAAAGAUCCCAACACGAAUGAACUUUUAUCAUUAUCUGACGCUAUUAAAUGUGGAAUAAUUGAUGGAACACAAACAAUAACUGAUAACACUUCAGGUAAAAUGAUGACUUUAGAAGAUGCAAUUAAUGCUGGUUUAAUUGACGGGGAAACUGGAAAAAUAAAGAGUAUUACUGAUGACGAUAUAGAUAUUCUUGAAGCAAUCAACAGCGGACUUAUUACACCAUCAGAAAAAGUAUGUAAUCUAAGUCUUCAAGAUGCCAUUAAAAGAGGAUUAUUCAAUCCACAAACUGCAAAUGUCAUUGAUCCAAAUACUGGUGAAGUACUAACAUUAGAAGAAGCCAUUAAGCGUGGUUUAAUCGAUCCUUCAAAAUCCACUAUGGUUCACCCAAUGAAGGGAGAAGUCAUCCCAUUGGAUAAAGCAUUAAGCGAAAAAUUGAUAACAACACCUCAAGAGUUAAUUGAAGCAAUAAAUUCGAAGAAACUUUUAGAGAAGGACACUAAACCCUUGAUGUCAUUAGAUUCGUUAAUUGAAAACAAUCUGUAUGAUAAAGAAUCAGGAAAAAUCAUCGAUCCACAAACCGGAGAAAAGCUUUCACUAAAAGAAGCAAUUGAAAAAGGAAUUUUAGAUCCGAAUGCUUCACUGAUAGUUGAUAACAAGACUGGCGAAAAUUGUUCACUUACGGAGGCGAUUGAGAGAGGUUUAAUUGAUGGUGAUAGUGGAAAAAUGAAAGAUCCGCAUACUAAUGAAAUGAUAAGUCUAAAUGAAGCUAUAAAUAGUGGUUUAAUAUCAAGACCAUUAACUCUUAAAGAUGCAUAUGAGAAGGGACUUUUUGAUCCUUCAACUGGAAUGUAUCGAGAUGAGGGAACAGGAAAGUUGAUGACUUUGAAUGAUGCUAUUAAGGCAGGUCUUAUUGAUACUGAAAAAUCAUUGGUUAGAGAUCCAUCUACUGGCGCACUUAUACCUUUAAAAACUGCAAUUGAGAGAGGUAUAAUUGAUGGUGAGAUGAACAUGUUUUGUGACCCAAUAGCUGGUGAAAAAGUUCCCUUAAAAGAAGCAAUUAAAAGCGGACUGGUGGUCAAAGCAGAAACAAAGCCGUUAACAUUUGAAGAAAUCAAAGAUAGAGGUCUCCUAAAUGAAGCUACGGGAGAGAUUACAGACCCAAAUACUGGGAAAAAAUGUUCACUUAAUGAAGCUUUAGAAACUGGUUUAAUUAAUGCAACAUCCAUAAAAAUUAAUGAUCCUGUUAGUGGUGAAAUGUUAUCAAUCGAUGAAGCGGUAAGAACAGGUCUCAUCGAUAAUGGAGAAAUUAUCGACCCUAUAACCAAGAGGGCAAGGCCUAUAGCACAAAUAAUGGAAAACGGCGAAGGUUUUUCAAAACUCAUAGAAAAGAAAAAGGAGAGUCGUUCACUAAAUGAAGCAUUGGAUCAGGGAAUUUUUGAUAAAAAUACUGGUCUUGUAAAAGAUCCAAACACGAAUGAACUUUUAUCAUUAUCUGACGCUAUUAAAUGUGGAAUAAUUGAUGGAACACAAACAAUAAGUGAUAACACUUCCGGUAAAGAAAUGACUUUAGAAGAUGCAAUUAAUGCUGGUAUUAUUGAUGGAGAAACUGGAAAAUUUAAGGGCAUGAAUGAUGAUAAUAUAGAUAUUUUGGAAGCGAUCACUAGCGGACUUCUUACGCCCUCAGAAAAAGUACGUAAUCUAAGUCUUCAAGAUGCCAUUAAAAGAGGAUUAUUCAAUCCACAAACUGCAAAUGUCAUUGAUCCAAAUACUGGUGAAGUACUAACAUUAGAAGAAGCCAUUAAACGUGGUUUAAUCGACCCAUCAAAAUCCACUAUGGUUCACCCAAUGACGGGAGAAGUCAUCCCAUUGGAUAAAGCAUUAAGCGAAAAAUUGAUAUCAACACCUCAAGAGUUACUAGAAGCAAUAAAUUCGAAGAAACUUUUAGAGAAGGACACUAAACCCUUGAUGUCAUUAGAUUCGUUAAUUGAAAACAAUCUGUAUGAUAAAGAAUCAGGAAAAAUCAUCGAUCCACAAACCGGAGAAAAGCUUUCACUAAAAGAAGCAAUUGAAAAAGGAAUUUUAGAUCCGAACGCUUCACUGAUAGUUGAUAACAAGACUGGCGAUAAUUGUUCACUUACGGAGGCGAUUGAGAGAGGUUUGAUUGAUGGUGGGAGUGGCAAAAUGAAAGAUCCGCAUACUAAUGAAAUGAUUGGUUUAAAUGAAGCUAUAAAUAGUGGUUUAAUAUCAAGACCAUUAACUCUUAAAGAUGCAUAUGAAAAGGGCCUUUUUGACACUUCAACUGGAAUGUAUCGAGAUGAGGGAACAGGAAAGUUGAUGACUUUGAAUGAUGCUAUUAAGGCAGGUCUUAUUGAUACUGAAAAAUCAUUGGUUAGAGAUCCAUCUACUGGCGCUCUUUUACCUUUAAACAGUGCAAUUGAGAGAGGUAUAAUUGAUGGUGAGAUGAACAUGUUUUGUGAUCCAAUUACUGGUAAGAAAAUCCCAUUGAGAGAGGCAAUUGAAACCGGUAUGAUUGUUAAUGCGGAAAAUAGACCGUUAACACUGGAUGAAAUUAACAAAAGAGGUCUUUUAAAUGAUAAGACAGGUGAAAUCAUAGACCCAAAUACUGGAAAACAACUUUCACUUAGAGAAGCUUUAGCAAUUGGUUUAAUUGACCCGACAACUGGUACAAUUACAAAUCCUACAACUGGCAAAGUUUUAUCAUUGGAUGAAGCUGUAAAUAUGGGACUUAUUAUUAAUGGAGAAUUUGUAGAUCCUUUGACAAACACUAAAACUCCUCUAUUUGAUUCAAUAAAAUGCAAAGAUCAGUUUGAAGAUCUUAAAAAGUCAGAUCAAGGUUGUUUGCUGAAUGAUGCCUUGGAGCAAGGAAUUUUUGAUAAAAAUACUGGUCUUGUAAAAGAUCCGAACACGAAUGAACUUUUAUCAUUAUCUGACGCUAUUAAAUGUGGAAUAAUUGAUGGAACACAAACAAUAACUGAUAACACUUCCGGUAAAGAAAUGACUUUAGAAGAUGCAAUUAAUGCUGGUAUUAUCGAUGGAGAAACUGGAAAAUUUAAGGGCUUGAAUGAUGAUAAUAUAGAUAUUUUGGAAGCAAUCAAUAGCGGACUUAUUAGACCAUCAGAAAAAGUACGUAAUCUAAGUCUUCAAGAUGCCAUUAAAAGAGGAUUAUUCAAUCCACAAACUGCAAAUGUCAUUGAUCCAAAUACUGGUGAAGUAUUAACAUUAGAAGAAGCCAUUAAACGUGGUUUAAUCGACCCAUCAAAAUCCACUAUGGUUCACCCAAUGACGGGAGAAGUCAUCCCCUUGGAUAAAGCAUUAAGCGAAAAAUUGAUAUCAACACCUCAAGAGUUAAUUGAAGCAAUAAAUUCGAAGAAACUUUUAGAGAAGGACACUAAACCCUUGAUGUCAUUAGAUUCGUUAAUUGAAAACAAUCUGUAUGAUAAAGAAUCAGGAAAAAUCAUCGAUCCACAAACCGGAGAAAAGCUUUCACUAAAAGAAGCAAUUGAAAAAGGAAUUUUAGAUCCGAACGCUUCACUGAUAGUUGAUAACAAGACUGGCGAUAAUUGUUCACUUACGGAGGCGAUUGAGAGAGGUUUAAUUGAUGGUGAUAGUGGAAAAAUGAAAGAUCCGCAUACUAAUGAAAUGAUAAGUCUAAAUGAAGCUAUAAAUAGUGGUUUAAUAUCAAGACCAUUAACUCUUAAAGAUGCAUAUGAGAAGGGACUUUUUGAUCCUUCAACUGGAAUGUAUCGAGAUGAGGGAACAGGAAAGUUGAUGACUUUGAAUGAUGCUAUUAAGGCAGGUCUUAUUGAUACUGAAAAAUCACUGGUCAGAGAUCCGUCUACAGGCGCACUUAUACCUUUAAAAACUGCAAUUGAGAGAGGUAUAAUUGAUGGUGAGAUGAACAUGUUUUGUGACCCAAUAACUGGUAAGAAAGUGCCGUUAAAAGAAGCAAUUAAGACUGGUAUAACUGUUAAUACGGCAAAUAGACCGUUAACACUCGAUGAAAUUCUACAAAAUGGUCUGAUAAAUGAAAAAACAGGUGAAAUAACAGACCCAAAUACUGGAGAAAAAUAUUCACUCAAAGAAGCUAUUGAAAGUGGUUUAAUUGAUCCAACAACUACUAAAAUCACUGAUCACAGUACUGGUGAACUAUUACCUUUGGAUAAAGCUUUUAAGUUAGGAAUUGUUGAAAAUGCAGAACUUAUUAAUCAUUUGACCAAUAGAAAGACGCCUUUAACUGAAACAAUGGAAUGGAUAGAUCAUCCGGUCGACGUUAAGAAGAAAGACAGCGGUUGUUCUCUAAAUGAAGCACUACAGAAAGGUAUUUUUGAUAAAAAUACUGGUCUUGUAAAAGAUCCAAACACGAAUGAACUUUUAUCAUUAUCUGACGCUAUUAAACGUGGAAUAAUUGACGGAAAACAAACUAUUAAUGAUAACACUUCCGGUAAAAUGAUGACUUUAGAAGAUGCUAUAAAAGCUGGUAUUAUUGAUGGUGAAACUGGAAAAUUUAAGGGCUUGAAUGAUGAUAAUAUGGAUAUUUUUGAAGCCAUCAAUACUGGACUUGUUACUCCUUUGGAAAGAAUAGAUAAGCUAAGUCUUCAAGAUGCCAUUAAAAGAGGAUUAUUCAAUCCACAAACUGCAAAUGUCAUUGAUCCAAAUACUGGUGAAGUACUAACAUUAGAAGAAGCCAUUAAACGUGGUUUAAUCGACCCAUCAAAAUCCACUAUGGUUCACCCAAUGACGGGAGAAGUCAUCCCAUUGGAUAAAGCAUUAAGCGAAAAAUUGAUAACAACACCUCAAGAGUUACUAGAAGCAAUAAAUUCGAAGAAACUUUUAGAGAAGGACACUAAACCCUUGAUGUCAUUAGAUUCGUUAAUUGAAAACAAUCUGUAUGAUAAAGAAUCAGGAAAAAUCAUCGAUCCACAAACCGGAGAAAAGCUUUCACUAAAAGAAGCAAUUGAAAAAGGAAUUUUAGAUCCGAAUGCUUCACUGAUAGUUGAUAACAAGACUGGCGAAAAUUGUUCACUUACGGAGGCGAUUGAGAGAGGUUUAAUUGAUGGUGAUAGUGGAAAAAUGAAAGAUCCGCAUACUAAUGAAAUGAUAAGUCUAAAUGAAGCUAUAAAUAGUGGUUUAAUAUCAAGACCAUUAACUCUUAAUGAAGCAUAUGAUAAAGGUCUUAUUGACCCUGUAACUGGAAUGUUUCGCGAUGAUGCUACUGGAAAGUUUUUAAAUUUGAAUGAAGCAUUAAACUGCGGUCUUCUGGAUAAUAAAAAAUCGUUAGUCCGAGAUCCUACAACUGAGUCCUUGAUAUCUUUAUACAAGGCAAUAGAAAAAGGGAUUAUUGAUGGAAAAAAUAACAAAUUUCUAGAUCCAACAACGGGAAUUGUUGUUUCGAUACCUGAUGCUAUUGAAAAUAAUGUGAUUGUUUGUGAUGAUAUAAAACCACUUGUAUUGCAUGGAACUGAAAGUAAGGUUAAAAAUAGCCAUGAAAAUUUCAGUCUUCCAGAUGAUCCAUUAAAGAAGCAAUCUGAGUGUUUUAAUGUUAAUGUCAAAUCCGAUAAUGUGUUACGUGAGGUUUCUCCCAAAGAGAAUGUUGUUUUUCUUGAAUCUGCAGACCCCAAAAAUUCCAACAUUGAUAGUAAGUCAAAUGAUAGGUCUAUUUCUAAUGAACCAAUGCAUGCUGGUUAUACAAGCGAAGAUCCUUUUAGUAUAUUUCAUUCUUCGAAGGUUUCGACUGAUGAGAUAUACGAUAGGCUGAUUCAUGAAUUAAGAAAAUUGAAACACAAAGCAAAGGAUGCUGAAGAAGCUAUGAUAUCUCUGACAUUUCAAAAUAUUACUGAAAAUGUUCAAGAUAUUAAAGAGUUAAUUUCCUCUAUAGAGGCUUUGAAAGAUGAGACCAAUACAUACUUUCCUAUCGCCAUGAAUCUUUUAGAUCAAUGCGAUGAAUUUCUGCAUAGUAAUCGUGAUGAACUUAUCAAUGAACAAGUCCUUGAGCUCGAAACUUUAAUGCCGAUUCUAAAAUGCGAAACGGAGAAUAGAUUCAAAGCUGCUGCCUCUGCCAAAGAAGAGCUCUCAAAAUUUAACACUGAAUCUUUGCGAUUUUCUAAUUGGUUGGAUGAGGCUACAGUUAAAAUAGCAGAAAUAGAAAAAGAUAGCCAAGACCUAGUUAUGCUUGAUAACGUACUUCGUCGCCUAAAAGAAUGUACUGGAGACGUUUUAGCUAAGAAAGGAGACCUUCGUUACAUGGAUUUGACUCAACAAAGAUUUAUUGAAGAAGCAAAGUCAGUUCAAAAGUUGGCUGAAAAUUUUAUUGUAGCUGUUGAAAAGACAACAAAAUUAAAGAAACGGCAAAGUAGUGUAUUUGAAUGCGACGGAAUAAAGCAACAGUACAAGGAUAUGGAAGAGAGCUAUAUUGAACUAAAAUUAAAAUACGAUAAUCUAUUUAAUAAACUAAGCACUACGAAAGAAUGCUCAAAAUAUUUCUACGAUAAUGCAGAUAGUCUUGUUGCAUGGCUGAAGAAUGCAGAAGAAAGAGCAGAAAAUUUUCGUACUGAGAGUGGGGAUGCUCAUAAUAAACUAGAAAGAAUAAAAAGUAUGAAUGCCGAGAUAGUGGCACAUAAUAGACAGGUUGACGACUUAAAGAAGGCAGGAAAACUGUUAACUGAUAGUCUAACUGACAUGAAUGCUGAUCGCAAUUCAUUGAAAACAGUGGAAAAUUGCGUAAAAGAUAUAGAAUCACGCCACUGUGCACUAACGAAUUUUGUGAAUAAUACUGCCCACGACAUUCAAACGACUCUUGUGGCUGCCCAAGAAGUUAGUCAAACUUUAGACGACUUGGCUCUGUGGAUAAGGGAAACAAACACAAUCCUUUCUAUGAUGAGAGGCUGUAGCCUAAACGAAGAAAGCUUGGCCCUUCAGAAACAAGAAUGCCAAGCCUUAAAAGCAGAUGUAAAUGCUCACCAGCCUGCUGUUGACUCAAUUAAAAGAAAUAGUUCAUCAGACAGAGCUGUUGUAUUAUGCGAGAAAUACGAUACGAUUGCACAAAAAGCCACAGACAGGGAAAAAGCUCUUCUUAAAACGAGUGAAAAACUUGAUAGGCUUAACGGAGCGAUUAGAGAACAAGAAUCUUGGAUCACCCCGACUACCGACCAGCUGACUUCUAGAGAAUGUCAGAGAAACCCAACUAAUUUCAAAGAAUUUGUAGAUAAGAUUAUAAUUGAAAAAGAAAAGAGAGUAGAAAAUUUGGAGCAUAUAAAAAGAUUAGCACAAGAGCUCCUAGCAGAUAAGAAUUCAGCAGAUUCUCAUUGUGUAAAAGGCAAGCUUCAGUCUUUGGAAAGAUCAUGGCACUCCUUCUGUGAGCUCCUGACUGAAAAGGAACGCUCAGUCAAAGCCAGAUUAGAAAAAGAAGUAGAAUAUCUGAAAUUGAAAAAUAUUUCAGAAUUGUGGUUGAAGGAUAUGGAGGAAAAGGUUCAAUCUCUUGGACCUGUUGCAAUAGAUAUGGAUAAAUUAACAUUGCAGGUUGAUGCAAUUCAACCACUUUUGAAGGAUCAUACAGACUUUGUACAAACAAUGGACAAACUUUAUGAAACAGGUCUUGCAUACGAUUCUUCUGAAAGAGAUGACUCGCUCUCUCUUAUUAAGCCAAAACGACCUAUUUCUUCCCGGUUACGAUCUCGCUCUCCAACAAAAUCCCCAUCACCUCCAAGUAGGGGCUUAGUCAGUCCUGUUACUAGUGAAUCUAGUGGUGUCAGCAGUAAACAUGCUUCUCAUGAUAACCUUCAUUCAGCUAUUGAUGAAGAGAGCUCGUCUAUCGAAAAAGAACUUAUUGAUUUGAACGAUAGAUACGAAGUUAUUGGAGAUAGACUGGCUGAAAGAGAAAGAGAUCUGCAUUUAACAAUUGCUAAAAUGCGUUCAUUUUUGGAGCAUGUUCAAGCCUUGAUUGAAUGGUUGGACUCAGAUCCUGCACCUUCUCUGUCUUCUCAUCCAAAGACGCAGCAGGAAGUUACUGCAGGAUUGUUAUCUUUAGAAGAAUUCCAGAAAGAACUUGAAAAGAAGGAAGGAUUAAUGGACUCGGUUAGAAAUUGCGCCCAAGACUUAAUCGGAAAUCGUGACCGUGUGCCUGGCCUGCGAGAUGUAAAGAAACAGUGGAAAGACUUAGAGGAUCGCUGGCAAAAUUUAAAAUCCAAAUCUAAAGAGAGAAUGAACUCCCUUGAAGAAUUGAGAGGAGAACUGAUUGAACUAAAAGAUUUUGAUAGUUCUUGUCAACUUGUAGGUAAUUGGCUUAAUCAAAAGGAGAGAAUGGCUCAAACUUUAGGUGCCGUAACUCUUGAUCCUGUCAUUCUGAAUUCUCAAAUUCAACAAGUUGAAUUAUUGCAAGGGGAAAUGACAGAUUAUGAAGUACAAAUUGACAAAAUUAAAUUGAAGGGAUUUGCUAUUUUAGAUAAAGCUGAUGCUGAAGAUGAAAAUAAGCAUGUUUCGAAACAACUUGAUGGAAUAGUUAUGAAGUGGGACAAUCUUAAAGACAGUCUUCAAGAGAGAUAUAAUCAACUACAAGAUGCUAAUGAUCUUAGUUCUCAGAUGUAUGAGAAACUCCAAAAACUUGAUGAAUGGACAACAGGAGCCAAUGAAAAAUUAGAAUGUCUGCCGUCCGCUUCCAUGCAACCGAAUAUUCUUAUAGAAGAAAUAGCAACUUUAAAAGGAGAAUUAAAUGAACAACGACCGCUGUUAGAAAACACUCGAAGUAUUGUUGACAAGCUUCUAGAAAGAGCCAAAGAUCCAAGUACAAAAUUUGAAUUGAGAACCAAAGUAGCAGCCGUUGAAAGGCCUUUAAAAAGCAUCGAAAAACUCCUAAACGAAAAAGAAAAGGCCAUAGAAGGUGCAACGGUAGAAACCAAUAAACUUAAAGAAGAAUUAAAUAAUUAUGAUGAAUAUCUAAAAGAAUUGGAUAAUGCUAUGAUAAGUUUAGAACCAACUUCAUCCAAUAGUGAAGAUUUGAAAGGCCAUGUCCUCCAAAUGGAAAAUUGGUCUAGAGAUUUAAGUGACAGAGAACCUCAAAUAAGAUUAGCUAUUGAGAAGGGGAAGAAGCUGUUAGAGAGUAGUUCAAAUUCUAAGGAUUUCCCUGAAGUGGGGGAGACAAGAGAAGCAGUAGACAGACAGCUUAAAGCUCUGAAAACCAGCUUACAUGAUAAAAAGAAUAAAUUAAAUUAUGCAGCUAGUUUGUCUGAGAAAAUUGAAAGACCGUUUGAAUUGCUUACAGCUUGGCUUGACAUGAUGGAGAAAAAACUAGAGAAAGUUGAUCCAAUACUCCUAGAAAAAGAAUUGAUCAGUGCAAAACAGAAAGAAGUUCAAUCCUGGCAAAACGAAAUGUUCAGAAAGUCAUUAGACCAUGACAACCUGCAAAUGAAUGCAGUAGAGUUGACUAAAUAUGUCGAUCAACCAGAUGAUAUUCAAUCGAAGGUGAAUAAUCUACAAGAAAGAUGGUCGUCGCUUGAAAAAGCAAUUGCCAAUCGCAUUGAUCACUUGGAAAAUAUUGUUCAAAAGUUGCACGAAACUGAUGAAGCAAUAAGAGACGCAAAAUCAGGAAUUGAAAAAAUAAAUGACAGAUAUGAUUCUCUUUGUCAACCAGGUUUAGCAGCAAGGGACUCGAAACUAGUAUCCCGAUUGGAAGCAUUGCUUGAUGAUACUUUAGUUGUAAAAGAAAAAUUGCAAGCAAUCGAUGAAAUAGUUAUCGAUUUAGAAAUGAUGGGAAAUUCAAAAGAUCAGAGACACUCAAUGGAGUUAAGAGAAUUAAAUGAUAUGAGAGAAAAUAUUGAGGAGAAAAUUAAAAAUCAACUGUUGAUUAUGCAAGAGGGUUCCCAAAAAAUUGAGGAUCUUAAGGCUGAAAUAAAUAAUGUUACUGAAAAGUUAAAGGACCUAGAAGAUAACCUACAGACCAUGCCUCCACCUGCGAGGGACUUGGAUAAUAUUAGAGACCAAUUAGAUGCAACAGAGGAACUGCAAGAAAAAAUUGAUGCUCUUGAAUCGGAAAUUAUGAAUGUCCUCCAAACAAGCGAUGACUUAAGCGAAGAGGGAUAUUUGUCUGAAUCGGAUCCUCUUCGUUCAAAGAUAAAGAAGAUACGAGAAAGAAGAAAUUCAUUGGCUGAUAAGAUUGAUGCUCGUUUGCGUAAUUUAAACGAUGUCAAUGAAAAAUUAAAUACUAUUGAUUCUGAUUUGAUGGAAGCGAAAACUUACAUAGAGGAAUUGGUAGAUUACGUUUCUGAUCUCCCUAAAAAUAUUGAUGAUGAAGAAUCUUUACUUUCUCUGCAGAAUGAAUUGAGGAUUCUUCAAAAUAAAACUCAACCAAUUAAAAAUAAGAUGACUGAAAUUCGUAAAGACGGAAUCGAUUUGAAGAAAUCUGCUUCUCCUGGAGUGGACCUGGAAAGUCUUCAAGAUCAAAUAGAAUCAGUCGAGCAAAAAUUAAGCGGAGUGAUAGAAGACAUUGUAAGACGCGAAUGUCAAGUAACAAGCGACCUUGCUAGGCGAGGAAAGGUUAAAGAAGCAGUCGAACCUCUCUUAAAAUGGGCUACCGAUGCUGAAAAAUUAAUUAUUGAUCAGCAAGCACCUUCUGUUGAUAUAAAUGUCUUAGCUGUUCAACAACAUGAACAGAAAUUUCUGCAAAAUAUGCUAGAUGAAAGAGAAAAAGAAAUCAGAAAGGCAAAAGAUGCUGCUGAUGAGGUAAUCUCUGGUUCUGAUUCAGAAAAGUGGAAGCAAAUGGUAGAUAAAGUUGUCGAUCGCUGGCAGUCUAUGAAAGAAACUGCUGAAAAUCGUCAAGAGGAGCUGAAUAAGAAUGAAGAAGCUGCAAGAAUAUUUAGAGACAAAUUGGAACCUCUCCUUACCUGGUUGGAUAACACAGAAAAAAAUGACUCGUUAACAUCUUGUCCAAAUUCCUCCCAACCAAAUGCUUUAAUUGCUUUCUUAAACGACAAUCAAAUUUUGAGAGAUGACAUAAGACACAAGAAGGAAGAUCUUGAUAACGUUAUCAUUCUUGGUUCUGAUUUAAUUCAGUGUGCUCCAGAUGAUGAGGCCAAUAAACUAAAUGAAACUCUUUCAAAUAUAAAAGACCGUUAUAAAAAUUUGGAGGAAAAAGUUGAAAAUCGUAUAAAUAAGCUGGAUGAAGCUUUACCAGCAGCCGAACUUUUCAAAGAAACUCAUGAGCAGAUUCUUCAUUUCGUAUCUUCAAAUCUAGAACCAGAACUUUCAUCUGAAGAAAUUUCAGGACCAAAAGCAUUAGCUCAUUUAGAACGGUUACAGAAUCAAUUGGAAAAAGGUAAAAUGCUAGUCGAUCAAUUGUCUGAAAAUGGAAGAAAGCUUGCUGAUGUCCUCUCAGAUUCUUCUCCAAUUGAUGAAAUUGUUGUUAACGAUAGUAAGAAAUUAGAUGCCGUUGCUGAUCGAAUAGAAAAGCAAGGUGAAAAGUUAGCUCUAAGAACUGCCCAAAGUCAAGAAAUGCUUUCGAAAAUGGAUGAGUUAUGUGACUGGUUUAAUAACGCUCAUGAUUCAAUGAAGACUUCAGGACCUCUCUCAGCUGAGCCUUUUGAAUUGGAAAGACUAUUAGUUGAUCAAAAAAUUCUACAUGAAGAAGUUACGAGUCAGGAAGCUCGAGCAAGAGACGUUUUAGCUGCCAGUAAAAGAAUAUCGCGAGAAAAUUCUUUGGAGGAAGAUGAUCCUCUUAAUGAGAAAGCCUGUGAACUUAAAGAGACCAGUGAUAGAGUAAAAAUAGCUAGUAGAGAGAGAUUAAGAUCAAUAGAGAGAGCAUUACCAUUAGCAGUAACUUUCAAUGAUGUACACGAAGAUCUAAACAUGUGGUUGGAUACUUUUGAAACAAAAUCGUUAACCGAUGAGUCUCCUACAACAACAGUUGAUGGAUUACAUGACCAAGAAUCCAGCUUAAAAUUUUUACAAGUCGAAUUGGAUAAUUACAAACCCCUAGUUAAUAAAAUAGAAAAAAUUGGCGAACAAUUAAAACAAACCGUUAAAGAGCCAGCAUCUGACUCUAUUAGUGAAAUUCAAAGACAAGACAAAGAUCGUUAUGGAAACUCAUCUGAAAGAGUUCGCGAAAGAUUAAGACAGGUACAAGAAGCCCUCCCCAAAGCUAUUGAAAUGACAGAAAACCUAGAAAAAGUUCGGUCUACUGUAGCAAAAGCAAUAGAAGAAACGGUUGAAAGACCUGAACCUAUAGCAGCUAAUCCAAACUCUCUGAAAGAUCAACUAGAAUCCGCCAAAGAAAUAGAAGAACAGCUGGAGGAGAAGAAAAAUCUAUUAAAAUCCUUAGAAGCUCGAGCAGAAGAGCUAGAAAGAGCAAAUAAUCCUCAAGCUACCGUUGUUCGAGAAAAGUUGAAUGAUCUGUGGGGCCAAUAUGAAACAGCUAAACAUGAAAAUGAUAAACGCACAGAAAAAAUAGCCAAAACAUUGAACAUUAGUGAAAAAUUUCAUGACCAUGUAUACACAGUGAAUGAAGAUAUUAGUGAAUUACAAAGGAAGUUGGACAUUGAGAAACAACCAGCACUGGAUCCACAAGAAGUUCAGAUGCAGCAAGAAGAAUUCGAAAGAUUGAAACCGCAACUUCAAGCAGUUGCUUCUGUUUUAGAUAAUGUUAAAGAUGAAGGAGAUCAGCUAUUGGAGCUUGUUGGACAACCCAAUAAACCUGAAGUACAUGCAAACAUUCAAGAUGUUGACUUUCAAUGGAAAAAUCUGAACAAAGCAUGGGCCGAUAGGCAAAAACAAUUAGACGACGCCCUAAGAAAAACCACUUUGUUUUGGGAUGAUUUGACAGCUAUGCUCGAUUGGCAAAAAGGUAUUGAAGAAGAGCUUCGAAAGCAAGGCCCAAUAGCAACUGAUACUGACAAAAUCAAUACACAACUUGACUUACUAAGUGGUAUUGUUAAAGAAUUGGAACCGCAACAAGAACAAAUAGAUCGUUUAGUAGCUCAAGGAAAGCAGUUGUGCGAAGGGCGAUCGGUUUCAGAAGGUCAAGUAAUUAAAGAUCCACUAAGGGACUUGGUAGUUCAAUUUGAAAACCUUUGCUCCAAAAUUAAAGACAGACGACAAAACUUAAGCGAUGCUCUACUCAGUCUUGGUCAACUCCAAGCCACUCUUAGUGAAUUUUUAAAUUGGUUAAGUAAAAUGGAAGACAAAAUCGACUCUAGUGAGGAAGUUAGAGGGGAUCUAACUGUUGUAGAAGCCGAACUUGGAAAAUUAAAAUAUUUAUCAUCGGACUUAGAAAGUCAUCAACAUUCGUACGAAAAUAUCAUGAGUGCUGCUCACGAUGUUAUUGCUAGUGCAGACGGAGAACAUUCAAAAACAAGACAACAAAUUAUGAAAUUAAGAGAAGCUUGGCCAAGAGUAUCCGACAAGCUCUAUCGUAAACAAACUCAGCUGAUGAAUGCAUUUGAGGAAGCGAAGAAUUUUCACGAGAACAUGAACCAGGUUCAGAUAGAAUUGGGAGAACUAGAUGCUUAUAUGACCACUGCUGUGAGUGUCGGAGCCCUUCCAGAUUCUACACACGAUAAGUUGGAAUCUUUCGUCACGAAUGUUGAAUUAAAGAUUGAUCAACUUUCACCAAGGGUUGAACAGCUUGAAAUGGAAGGAGAUGAACUUAUUGCUAAGAUGCCGGAACGUUUAGUUCCAAGAGUACAAAAACCUCUUGAAGAAAUAAAAUCCCGAUGGGAUAACAUAAAACUUUCUGCAGCUAGGAAGAAACAAAAAUUGGAAGAAGCUGCAAAUGAAGCAGCAAAUUUCCAUAGUGAGCUUAAAUCGUUUAUCGACUGGUUAACGAAUGCGGAAAGAAAACUUGGCAAAGCUGAACUUGUUUCACGAGUUCUUCCAAGAGUAAUUGAACAAGCAAAGGCUCAUCAAGAGUACCAAAGAGAUAUAUCUGCUAAACGUGACGAUCAACAUCAUUUGGAAAACUUAGCAAUGAAACUUAUGUCCAGUUCAAAAAAUCAUCCAGAUGAACCGCUCAUUCGAAAUGUCAUAGAAGACACAGGCAAAAGGUGGCAAAAACUGUUAACAAAAGCAGCAGAACGUACAAGGGCAAUUGAUAAUGUUCACCGAAGUGCAAGACAAUUUGAUGAAGGAGAAAAAGAACUAGUUGGCUGGUUGGAAGAACAACUUGAAUCUCUUACUUCAACUCACCAAAUUAGCAAAGAUCCUCAAAAAAUUGCAGAACAAUUGCAAAAACAUAAAAACUGGGCGCAAACUAUAAAUGCUAAACAACCUCAAUAUGAUAAAAUAAUUAGAUUAGGACAUCAACUAAAAAAUGAAUCGGAGCCAGAAAGUUCUGAUGAAAAAAUAUUGCAUAACAUGUUAAAGAAUUUAUCUGAUAAAUGGAAAAUGCUCAGUGAACAAAAAGAAAGAAAACAACAAAAGCUUGAUAGCGCUUUGAUCGAUGCAGGAGAUUUAACUAGAGCUAUAAAUGAAUUAAAUGAUUGGUUGGACACAUCUCUUGAUAGGCUAAGUGAUACUCUUGCUGUCGAUGGCGAUAUCGAUACUGUCCGUAGCUUAUUAACAAAGCAUGAAACAUUUGAACAAGAACUGUCAUCAAAACAUCUUUUACUGGACACUACAGUAGGUCGUGUGCAAGAUGCUAUUAGUAAAGCAGAUGCGAGCGACGCUGCAAAGUUAGAGAAUGAUCUGUUGGAACUUAAUAACAAAUGGGACGUCGUGUCAAAAUUAAGUGCAGAUCGUCGAAAGAAUUUGGCCAAAGCCAAAUUUGACGCUGAUGAUCUUCAGAGGCGAAGUUAUGAGCUAACGAGAUGGUUAACUGAUGCUAUUCAACGUUGUCAAUAUCACGGCAAUGUACCGGAAGACAUUCAGUCUCUAAAUAAACAAUUGGAUACGCACAAUAAAUUAAUGAAUACAAUCGACCAAAAACAACCUGAAUUUGACAGCGUGGUUCAACUUGGUAAAGAAAUUGAAAAGAAAGCUCACGAUGAUGCAAAACCAACUCUCAAAAAUCACUUGCGGGUUCUGGAUAAUCGAUGGAAAGAACUAAAAGAUGCGGCUGAAUCCAGGCUUCAAAAGCUGACCUCUGCUUUGAAUGAAGCGAAAGAAACAAAUGAUCAAAUGGCCGAGCUACAGGGAUGGCUUGUGGAAACUUAUGGAGAACUUCUAAAGCUUGAAAGUGAGCCAUUAGCCAAUAAUGAACCAAUAUUGGAACAACUACUGCAUGCCCAUGAAACCAUGGAAGAUGAUAUUUCUGCUAGAAGACCCUUAGUAGAUAGAGUUACCAAAAAAUAUAAGAAACCGCCUCCAUCAGCAAUAAGGACUCCAGCUGGUCGAGGAUUUCGACAAAAACGUGAUAGGACACCUGAACCAGCUGAUUUCACUGAUCCUAGAGCGGCAGAAUUAUUCAACACAUGGAGGUCUGUAUGGCUUAUGGCCAUGAAUAGGAAGCAGGAAUUGCUAGAUGCUUUGCAACAGCAAAAGGAACUAGAUCGUAUGCAAAAUUUCAGCUUUGACGAUUGGAGACAAAGAUAUAUGGAUUGGAUGAAUCAUAAUAAAGCCAGAGUAAUGGACUUAUUUAGGAGGCAAGACAAAGAUCGAGAUGGAAAAAUUACAAGAGAUGAAUUUAUCGAAGGAGUCAUAAGUUCGAAUUUUCCUACCAGUCGUCUUGAGAUGGAGGCUGUCGCUGACGUCUUUGAUACAAACAAAGACGGUUUCAUCGACUAUAAAGAAUUUGUCAAUGCACUUAAACCGGAAAAAGAUAGACAACGUCUCUCUGAAGGAGAAAGAAUUCAAGACGAAGUGAGAAAGCAAGCAAACAGAUGCACAUGUUCAAGACAAUACCGAAUUCAUAAAAUCGGUGAAGGGAAAUAUAGGUUUGGAGAAUCUCAAAAGCUACGACUUGUAAGAAUACUACGCUCAACAGUAAUGGUGAGAGUUGGAGGAGGAUGGGUUGCUCUCGACGAAUUUCUUGUGAAAAAUGAUCCUUGUAGAGCAAAGGGUCGUACAAAUGUUGAAUUACGAGAGAGGUUUAUCUUAGCCACAGGAGUGGCUCAAUCCAUGGCACCAUUCAAGUCCAAGAGUCCUUUAACCCAUUCUGGUCAUUCUGCACCAUCUGUUGGUUCAACGUCGACCUGGAGUAGUAAAUCAACGUCUACUGCUUCAGGACCAAUAAUAAAGUGUCAGCAAAAAUAUCACAGUCGAAUACCAGUUCGUCAUGUCAACUGGUCAGAGAUUCGAGAAAAAACACAAUAUGGCACACCAUGGAGGCAAACUCCUCAAAAAUCCAGGAUUAGCCCAGACACAGAAGUUCGCCAAAUUAUGUCAAAGCCUGGGUCAACUCCCAGUCGCUUGAAGAUCCCCACAAGAACUGCUUCACGAGCUUCCUCAAGAGCAUCGUCUCGAGCUAGCGAGGGAUCAGACUUGUCAGAACCAGAAGUUUACACAACUUAUAGAAAAGAUACCACGCAUGCUGGUGGUAGAACCACGAGUACAGUAACAUAUCAGACACAUCACACAAAGACAAGGACGGUAAAUUUACCGGCAACGCAAUCUGAACGGGGAAUAGUAACAACGCCGACAAGUUCUACUAAAAGACGUACACCGUCAGCCACUAGGAGUCGAAAUCCGUCAACUCCGUCACCAAAGCAAUCGGCAUCACCCUUACAUACUAGUACCCCAAAAACAUCAAAGGGAGCUGUUUCUCGACCAGUCUCAAGUGAUCAAUAUAGAAAAGUAAAAUCCCCCGACAUGUCAAAGUAA